AUGCGUCAACACAGGGACGAUUAUAAGAAGUACAGGCAUAACGCAAAUCAACAUUGGAAAAUCCAAAAAUCCCUCGUUGAGCAGGCUAGAAAUGAAUAUGCAAGUGGAAAAUGGGAUGAUGGGGUAACUCUCUCGGAUCAGGCAAGGAUGUGGAAGGAAAAAGCUGAGCAAGCUGAUGAAAAGGCUAGCCAGGAUAUUUUUGAUUCAAGGAACAAAAAUAACGUUGUAGAUUUGAUGACAAUCGAUUUACAUGGACAACAUGUGAAAGAGGGAAUGACGAUACUAAAAUAUCACCUUGCAUUUGGUGUAUAUGGUCGCUCUCUGCGGCGGCUCCGCGUCAUCACCGGAUAUGGGAGUGGAGGAACUGGGCAGUCGAUGCUGAAACAGGCGGUUGUUGAUCUCUUAAAAACGGAGAAAUUUGAGUGGGAGAAAGAAAACGAAGGUAGUCUUCUAAUCAAAUUCGACAUGAAGAAGAGAAAGUUGGGGUUUGUGAAAUUGUAGUUACUCUCAUUAAUCUUUUUUCCUUUCAUUUUUUCUUUGGACAAUUUGUUGUAUGAGAAUGAAACAAAUAUGUGCUCCAUUUCCCAAAACACUUUUGAUCAUCGGUUAACUUACACUUUUCAGAAAUGAUAUUUACGCAAUGAUCAACGGUUAUUUUUAUAGAAGUAUCAAAUAAAAUUAUUUGGAAAACAUAAUAAGUAAGAUGGCUCUAUAAGAUUAGAGAACAUCUUUAUUGAGUUAUUUGUUUUCUAUAUUCCACACCUUUUUAUCACUUGUAAUAAUAUUUUUUACAAAAAUAAUAUUAAAUACAAUAACAUUCAUAACUCCAAUAAAUAUGAUAAGAUAAGAUAUAGAACCUUAAAUACCAAGAGAGGUUUUUUCACCGGAGUUUCUUUAUGUGUGAGGAUUUGAUUUAGAACCAAGAAAUAUCAAAAAACCAAUUCACCAUUCGGUUACCAGCUUUUUCUUGGUGUAUGGUGUUGAUUAAACAAAGGAAAGAAGGAUAGAUGGUGUUAAGAAGAACAGAGAUGUUCCAACUUCCGAUCUUUCUGAUGAGGAGAUGUUCCGACGUAUACGUAUACGGACUUCGGACGUCCACCAUGCUGCUGCUAUGGACAAGAGGGUUGUCCUGACUUUGGACACGUCAAAAG